AUGAAACACCAAUUUGCCAUCUUGUCUGGCCUAGCGGUCUGGGGCCGACUUGGCCUGGCUGCCAAUAGUCUGACCAUUGAUGUCACCUCCAAGUUGCAGACAAUGGAUGGCUUUGGCAUCUCGCAGGCAUUCGGACGCGCAGAUGAGUUCAAAAACCUUGCUUCCGGCCCGCAGAAGCAGGGGUUGGACUAUCUGUUCAGCACGACCAGCGGUGCAGGCUUCUCCAUCAUCCGCAACCGAGUCGCCUCGGGCGACACUGCGUAUGACAGUAUCGAGCCCAACAGUCCUGGAAGUCCGUCUGCGACUCCACACUACGUCUGGGAUGGGAGUGACUCUGGCCAGGUAUGGUUCAGCCAGCAGGCCAUGAGCUACGGAGUGAAGGCCAUUUACGCCAACGCCUGGAACGCCCCGUCGUACAUGAGAACAGCCGUCGAUUAUGGCCGCCUAUGCGGAACCCCAGACGCCACCUGUGCCUCGGGAGACUGGCGGCAGGCGUAUGCAAACCUCAUCAUUCAGUACCUCAAGAACUAUGAGCAGCUGGGCAUCCCUAUCACCCAUGUCGGCUUCCUCAACGAGCCUGACGGUUCGAACUUCAUGCUGGCCAGCCCGGAGCAGGCCGCGUCGAUGAUCCCCAUCAUGCAUAAUACGCUGGAGUCCAACGGCCUUGGUCACAUCCAGCUGACGUGCUGCGACGACAUCGGCUGGAAAGCCCAGCAGACAUACACCAAGAGCAUCAUCCAAGCCGGCAUGGAGAAGUACCUAGGCGUCAUCACCUCCCACACGUACUCUGACCAGGCCACAACUCCCAUGGGCACCAGUCUGAAGACCUGGGUCACCGAGGCCGCCGACCUGGUCAACCCCUGGUGCACGACGUGGUACAGCAACGGCGGCGACUGCGAGGGCUUUACCUGGUCGGUGCGGUUGGCACAGGGUAUCGUCGACGCCGGCCUCUCGGCCUACCUCUACUGGGAAGGUCUCGAGGUGAACCAACAAAAGCACGCGUCGUACCUCGUCCUCAGCGAUGGUACCAACGUCUUCCCUUCCGGUCGUCUCUGGGCCUUUGCACACUGGUCGCGCUACAUCCGCCCAGGUGCCCAGCGUGUGGCGGUCUCCGGAACUGUGGCUGAUGUGAUUACGGCUGCUUUUGUGAACACCGAUGGUAGUGUCGUAGCGGUGCUCACCAAUUCUGGUGCCGGCGCGACCAGCAUCGAAUUCGGCUUUUCCGGCGUUGAGCCGUCCAGGGUGGUGGAUGCUGUCUCGUCCGACAACAGUGCACAGAUGGCAAAUACUCAAGCUUCACUCUCCGGCGGUAAGCUGCAAGUCUCUGUGCCGGCACACGGUGUUGUCACCGUCAAGAUGGAGGCAGGAGGAGUCUCUAAUAAUAAAGCUGAGGCCAUCUCGUCAUCCAGCUCAAGCUCCUCCUCCAUCUUGUCCAGCUCCUCCUCCUCCUCCAUCUUGUCCAGCUCCUCCUCCUUGCCUCACUCGGAGCAGUCGCCAACCUCGGCUCCUACCCACACGACUACCGCUGAGACUACUUCUGUUGUGAGAUCUUUGACGGCGUCUACAUUGAGAACUAUUACCAGGCCUUCCAAAGCCUUGUCUUCCGUUCAGGCUGUUGCCAGCCAGCUCAAUUGCACAAGUGACUCGAUCUACACGACUCAGACCAAGGUAGUCCCGGCUUCUAGGGGCACAGGCGUGCCAUCUGGUCGUCUUCCAGGAUCGACUGGCAUUUACUACAACACAACUUCUGUCUUUACCAGCGGUGUUUCGAGCCGUACCACCGAGGUGUUAACCUCUGUAGGUACCGCCACGCAGCUUCCGGUGGUGAGCACAGCAGUAUCUUCCCAGCCGGUUCCUGAAGUGUCGUUUGCCGAUCCCGAGACGACUGACCUGCCUGACAUGCCCGAUCCCUUCUCCUGCGGCUUCAUGCCAGGACGGUAUCCUGGCCACGGUCAUCCCCACGCCCCUCCAGAUUUCUUCGAAUAG